CCCCAUCAUCCUCCUCCCAACUCUCACAAACACCAAACCCUGACUGGGGUAGAAGAUGAAGUGGAAGGAUUAUCAGAGAUUCCCAAUCCUCAUUUCCAACAGAUGCAUCAACAAUCUCUAUCAACGCAACCGUCUCCACUUCACUACCUUCCUCCGCAAGGUACAACCAACUCAAGCACGAGCCUACGCCGGCGGCGGCGGCGCUAGCGGUAGCAAUGGCAGUCGCUCAGAAGGGAAUUCUUUCUUGGUGCCUGGGGCGACUGUGGCAACUAUACUUAUGCUUGGUGCUCUCCAUGCACGCCAUAUAUAUGAAGAUAAGAAGAUUGAAGAGGCAAGGGAAAAAGGAGUUGAAUUGGAGUUCCACCCUGAUGUUAAAGCCAGCUUCUUGAGAUUGCUGCCACUACGGUCCAUUUCAAGAUUGUGGGGUUCCUUGACAAGUGUGGAAUUACCCAUUUGGCUGAGACCGUACAUGUACAAAGCAUGGGCUCGAGCAUUCCACUCUAACUUAGAAGAAGUUGGUCUGCCUUUGGAAGAAUAUGCAUCUCUACGGGAGUUUUUCGUUCACACAUUGAAAGAAGGAUCAAGAACUAUUGAUUCUGACCCUUACUGUCUGGUCAGUCCUGUAGAUGGCAUUGUUUUGAGAUUUGGUGAAUUGGGAGGAGCAGGGGCCAUGAUUGAGCAAGUGAAAGGAUUUUCUUAUUCGGCUUCUUCCCUUCUUGGUGCAAGCUCGUUUCUUCCGAUGAUUACUGCAGAGUAUGCAAGAGAAGAAAAUGGUGAGGAAGAGAACACUUUGAGAGAUGAGACAAAAAGGUCAUGGUGGAGAAUAUCUCUCGCAUCUCCUAAGGUUAGAGAGAUGGCAAGCCCAAUGAAAGGCCUCUUUUACUGCGUUAUUUACUUGAAGCCCGGUGACUAUCAUCGGGUACACUCUCCAGUUGAUUGGAACGUUCUUGUUCGUCGUCAUUUUACAGGUCAUCUUUUCCCAAUGAAUGAGCGUGCUGCAAGAACUAUCAGAAACCUGUACAUUGAAAACGAAAGGGUUGUUCUUGAAGGCCAGUGGCGAGAAGGUUUCAUAGCAUUGGCAGCAAUUGGUGCGACAAAUAUUGGUUCCAUUGAGGUUAGAUGGCUAUACUAUUUUCAAUAAGAGUGAUUUUUUUGGUCCUGAUUCAUAUUACGGAAAGUGAAAACUGAACUACACUUUUGGAAGAGCCUGCACAUGGUCUCUUAAUAAGAUUACUAAAGUAGGAGAAGAAUCAGAAUUCUAAAGAAUCUGGUUUUCUAUACUUUCGGACAAUUAGAGAAUCAUUU